ACUUUGCAAAGUUAAAACGUUGAUAGUUGCAAAAUUCAGUAUUAACAAUGAAUAUUUGUAUGAUUUUGUAAAUUUAUUAACGAUGUUUUAUGUUGACUAUGUUUUUUUUAAGAGGAAAGAGAAAUUCGUCUGAAGCGCGUUGGCAACACUGGGAUACAUGCUACAGCGUGACUGUCAGGUACCAUAUUUAGGAAAAUCGUUUGACGGUUACCUCCUCGACCUGUCCUCCCGUUAUUCGGAGUCGUUUGAGAAUCCAGUUAAAUUCUUUUCCACGAUCGCUUAUAACAAAAAAGACGGCUUUGACCGCGGACCGGUACCCACGAAGGAAAAAUGGCCAAGAUGGUUCUGCGAGUGAGGACGAAAUCCGGCAUGAACGUGCUCGUGGAUCACUUGAACCCAACCAGCACCCUCCUCGAGCUGAAAGAAUUCGUCUCGGCAAAGGUGGACAUCCCGGUGGAGAGGAUGGUGAUCCUUAGCGGCUACCCGCCCAGACCCCUGGAGCUUUCCAUGAACGACAUCACCCUGGAAGUGGCAGGGAUCAAAUCGGGCGACUCUCUCGCCGUCGAGGAUUCUCCUCUGCCCAAGGAGCUGGCGGCAUCUCCUCCGAGACGGCACGUCAUCGACGACCAGGGUUCGACGGGACUCCUUCUCAGGCAAGUCGUACCGGCCGACAACUCUUGCCUCUUCACCAGCAUUGGAUUCGUACUCGGAGGUAAAGUAGACCCUUCGUGUGGCACUUACAUGAGACAGAUAAUAGCUGAACAAGUGGGUUCAAAUGAGGAUGAAUAUUCAGAAGCUAUCCUCGGUAAGCCAAACAAGGAUUACUGCAAAUGGAUUCAGAAGCCAGAAUCUUGGGGUGGUGCAAUUGAACUGGCCGUACUCUCAAAUUUUUACGGUAUGGAGAUAGCCGUCGUCGACACUAUGAAUGCUGUGAUAAAUAAAUUUGGUGAAGACAAAAACUACGAAUAUCGAGUGUUUCUUAUAUUCGACGGGAUACAUUACGAUCCAUUGUACAGAGAAAUGAUUGGGGGGGAGAUGAAAAUCCAGACAAUGUUUCUAAGGUCAAAUGAAAACGCUCUCCGAGAAGCAGAAGAACUUGCCCAGGAAGCAAAGUCAAGCCGACAAUACACAGACGUCAACCGUUUCACACUAAAAUGCCUUGUCUGCCGUGAGAAACUUCAGGGGCAGACCCAAGCCCAAGCCCAUGCCAAAAAAACGGGUCACAUGAAUUUUGGUGAGACGACAAGUUAACAAAUACAAAAAAAUAAGGGAAAAAGCCCCUUUAUUAAAAUAACGUCGCUUGACAACCUGCUCACUACUUUGUUGUUGUUACUGUAAUUAAUUACGUUCCAAAGCUUGAAAUCUAGUUUUGUGAGUACAAUUCAAUGAUCUUCAAGUUUUACAUGCAAAACAAGAUUUUAUAGUACGACCAAUCUUGCCUUGGCAUGUUUCUUUUCCUACGUAAGAAUAGUGACAUUGUUGUAUGUAAUUAUUUGAUUUGUCAUUGUUGUGACAUACAACAAUGAUACAAAAUCCAUAAUUAAAAUAUAUAAAUAUCAAAACAAAUUCAGUUAAGAAUGUUCCAAAACAUUGUUAAUCCUUAAAUUUAAACAGUUAUAUUUUAUAAAUCUCAAAUUUAAAAUAGCAGGUAACUUGGGAUCCAUUCUUACUUUAUAGACUUUAUUUAUUAAAACAGUAAUUUCAACCAGUAGAUAGGCUAUGCAUAAACAAAACUUGUUUUAUAAAAACAGUACAAUUGAGCAAUAGCAAAAGAUAAAAAUUUAUAUAAAGGACUCAAAAGCACUUAUUGAAUGUGUGAUUCAAUAGUCACCUUAAACAAAUUUUUAUAUUAUAUUUUAAACUGAUAGGGACUUUUUGUACUUAACCCAUGUGCACAAUGGACUUGAUGUGCACUAUUUUAUUUUUUAUAUUGUUAGGGAGCCAGCUGGGUUUUUUUUUCUGUCUUUUUGUCCCUACAACCUCCUGGUGUUGCUGGGUGAUUAUCAGUUUUCGACCAAAACUACCAACAUGAUGACAUAUUUACUAAAGGUAGAGAUUUUCAUAGACCAGUUGUACAGAAUUGUUAUGGUGCAUAUCCAGUUAUUUGUAAGAUCUGUUUUUGAUAUAAUACAAAUGGUAUAUGCUGGUAAUUACAAGCUGCAAGUUAACAUGGAUGGGGUGCAGUGUGAGACAUACUUGAUCCCGAUGCUCGAGGAUGUCUUGAAAUUGACAACUGUUCUGAAUCGUCUUUUCCAACUUCACACCCUAAGUUUUAAAUCAUUGUCUUGGAAUAUUGAUAGGUUUUUGUUACAUUAACAUUACAUUUUAAUCUUGGGUUUUAUGUUAUUUACAAAGGUUCAAUUUUUUUAACCAACAUCUUCCAUCCUUAUCAAUUUUAUUAGAGUAUGUUGGUGAAUUAAUGAUACUUAAAAAAUGUUCUUUGCUUAAUAGAAUCCCAAGCAGAAGCUAAAUUGAAACAAUAUUCUCAAAUAAAGAACCCUGUUUUCCCUCUUUUUAUAAUUCCAUAAAUUAAUUUCUGUUAUUAAAUUAAUAAGAGUGUUACAGUUACAUUGACUUCACAUAAUGCAUGUAUUUGAUUCAUGGAUUAGCUUUACAGCCUCGGAAUAUAUUUUUAUAUGUAAGUCAUAUUUAAAAGUCAGCCUAGUCUAAUGUAUCAUAAUGUGUAUAUCUUAAAGGUAUGGUAUUUGUUCAAACAUAUUAAGGUUUUGUACACAUUAUUUUCACUCAAAAUUAAUUAGCUUAAAAAUGAGAUUUUUAAAGAGUCAAAUGAGUAUGGUUGAAAAAUUAUAUGAAAUGGUUCAAAAAUAUUCAAAUUGAAUAAUAUAAUUGGGUACCAUAUAAAUAAUAAAAAGUACCUGUUCUAAUUCGAGUUACGAAAAACUUUCUUUCUUAUAUUUAUUUAUUAACCAAAUAUUUUAUUAAUCAGUGAAUGCUUUAAUUUGUAUCAAUUGAAAAUUCUGUUAAUUUUAAGAUGCAUUUUAUGUUCAUUCGUUACAAAAGGUUGAACAUGAGUUUUCAAAAUGUAACAGUCGAAGAUUUUUUGCCACUUAUUUCUUGCUAAUCUGCUUGAAAAAUUGAUGUUAAGUUGUUACUCUUUUAUAAAGCAUAGUGGCUACCCAAUGAUUUAUAUAAGACUAAAAACAAUUAUUUUCAUAUUUAGUGCAGUAAUGAUUAUAGGGUUUUUUUUUUUUUUUUUAAUCCCUUGGCUUAGAAAUAAUGCAAACCCAAAAUAUCGU